GCUGGCCGAGCCGGCAGGGACGGGCGCCCUGCCACCUGCAUCGUCUUCUACGACUACGAGGACAAGAAGCGCCACCAGAACCUCGCCCAAGGCGACCGGAACCAGGCGGCGGAGCACACCGAGAAAACCGCGCAGCGCCUGCUGGGGAUGGUCGGCUACCUUGAAGCCCGGGAAUGUCGCCGAAGCCUCAUCGCGCGCUACUUUGGCGGUGCGGGUGAAUUGGAGCAGGUUGUUUGUGGAGGUGGGCCAGCAAUGUGCGACAUCUGCAAGGGUGCUCGUAGUGGCACAACGUUUCAUCACGACAACGUGACGCGCGAAGCACAGAUCGCCGCACAGUUCUUGCGGGCAGUACGCAGCCUCCCAGCACAUGGUGGCAGUCCAAUCACCUUGAACACUACUCGUGAUGCCUUGCUCGGUGCCAAACACCAGAAGCUGGCACGCUGGCAAGAGUUGCCCGGAUUCGGACUACUGGGCAGCAAUGGCUGGUCUGACAGGGAGAUUCUUCGGCUUCUGCGUCGGCUGGUGAUUGAGUCGAUCCUGGCAGAGGAGAUCACCACGCCAGCGGGAGCGAGCGGCAAUGUCACAGUGGCAUACUUGAUCGAGGGCCAUUGCAUCCAUGCCCUGCUACAAGGCGAAAUCCCAGUGUACCUUUGCCGUGACACCAAGCCGCCACAGACCAGCACGACCUCGAAGCGUCGGAUUUCUCGCACGGCAACGAACAGCCGGAAGAAGGCUGCUGCUGCGAAAAGUGCAGCUCGAGUCCGUUCAUCAGCUGUACCACAGUCAGCUUCUGCAGCACCACCGCAAGAAGCGGGAUUGAAUCCACAGCAGCCCGUUUGGCACUCACACCAGCCCCCUGCACACCAGGCCCAGCUGGAAAUGCGGAGCGUGCAGCCGGCUUUUCAACAGCAGCACGUUAUGCAGUCACCUCCGCAGCAAUAUCCACAAUUGCAGCAGGUGUACCAGCAGCAAAACCAGCAGCCGGUGCCGCAACAUUGGCAGAUGCCGCAAUCACAGGGUCAGCCAAAUCUUCAGGCUCAGGCUCAGUUCCUGAAUCCCCAGGCAGCCCCUGUCCUGCAGCAGCAGUUUCAACAUGCUCCAGGGCCAUAUCAACAGCCCGGUGGGCAUGUCCCACAAUUUCGGCCUCAGUAUGAGGAGCUCCCCCAGCCAGGCCACCCCCAAAACCACCAACCGGGUCGCCAGCUUUCCCAACCCGGCAUAGCUGCGAUGCAGUCAGAGUACCUGCAAGCUGCACCGCCGCUAUCCACACAUUUGCCGCCGCAGCUUCACACCAACAUCCCGCCACCGCACGGCUCGCAAUUCAUGCCUCCGCCUGGCCGCUGUGGCCCACAAGUCCCUGGGAGCAUGAUGCCGACCGGCCCGUGUAUGCAGCCACAGCAUUGUUCUCCGAUGUUGCCGCCGGCUGGUUAUCCUUGCCAGACAGCGAACAAUCUACAAAUGGGCGCUCAGCUUCAGCAGCACCCAGCAGGGUUUGGUCCCUGCCACCCGGAGCGAAGAUAG